AUGCCCCUCACAUGCUGGAUCCCAGUCUCCCAUCUCGUUCCAGAAACACUCUCAGCGGCGACGCCCCUCGUGCAAGAUGUGGAUGCCUACUGUUGUCACUCUUUUUGCAGUUUUACUGUUCCAAGCGUGCGGGCGCUCGCUGCCGCCAUUCCUUCGGGCGCCAUUACCGUAGGAUCCAAGGGCAAAUAUUCGACGCUUGCGGCUGCAUUAAAGGAUACAAGCAGCAACAAGUAUUAUAUCUAUGCCGGCACGUAUACCGGUCAAGUCGCGAUCACUCGCUCCAACAUUGCCAUUUACGGCGAGUCUACGUCGACUGGCUACGCAGGGAACAAGGUCACUCUUAGCGCUUCUGCGUCUGCCGCAUCUGCCGGUGGAAACGACCAGAGUGGAACCGUUCGUGUCCUUGCGUCGGGUGUCAAACUCUACAACCUGAACAUUGCAAACACGUAUGGAAAGCCCGUUGAUCAAGCCCAAGCCAUUGCUCUCAGUGUUCAAGCCGGCAAUUUCGGAUGCUAUGGUUGCAAAAUCACGGGAGCGCAAGACACACUCCUCGCGAAUAUUGGUACCCAAGUAUAUGCGCAGUCUUAUAUAUCUGGCUACGUCGACUUUAUCUUUGGCCAGUCCGCGUCUAUCUGGGUAACGAACACGGUUAUUGCGACGACCGGCUCCGGAUACAUUACUGCCUCUGGACGUAGCUCGUCAGAUUCCAACUACUAUGUGUUUGAUCGGUGCACCGUUCAAGGGUCAGGCUCCUCGUAUCUCGGAAGGCCUUGGAGGAACUAUGCCCGUGUCAUCUUCCAGAAUAGCUCUAUUGGGAGCAAUGUUCGCAAGGAGGGAUGGUCCGUCUGGACUAGCUCAGACCCCCGAACAGACCACGUCACAUUUGGCGAGUACAACAACAGCGGUGCCGGAGCGUGGAGUUCAUCUCGGGCCAAGUUUGCCACGAAGCUAUCCAGCGCAGUAUCCAUCUCGACCGUCCUGGGCUCGAGCUACUCCAACUGGGUUGACAAGUCAUACCUCUAA